AUGUCUACCUCUUCUUCUCCACCACCACCUCCUCCAACCAUCGAUCCUACGCCUUGGUCUGACCACCUGAACUACUCUUCUACCGUCGUAACUCCUUUGCCAGCUUCCCCUCCCGCUAUACCCUCUUCGUCGCGACUAUCUCCGUCGAAUGCGCCCCCGCGUUCGGAGUUCUCCCAGGUGCAUUCAACCCCUCGACGCACCACCAGCUCCAACUCCUUGCGAGAUGAGUGUCGCCGGUCUUCUUCCAGUCUGAAAAAGCGCUCGUCUACUGCCUCGCUGCGAUCGAUACAUCACGGGAGUGGGGGGUCCCCGCGUCCUACUCUGUCGCGACAGUCUUCGUCGCCCACUUUCGCGACCUCCCCUACCGCCGCGAACACCCCAAACAUGUCGCUCAAAAAGCCGUCUUUACAUGCUCCGCAUGAAAAUACCCUUCCCACCGCUGCCUCCAUCGCCGCCGACCACUUCCACAAGGAACUGGAUCUACACCAGUCCGCGGAUCUACACUCCCAAACCGUCGUUGUCCUUCACAACGCUUGCUACGGCCACCGUUUCUCGCGUCCCCGGUCGUCGCGCACAGUUUUGAACACCAUCGUGGAGAGACCGGAACGGAUUCAAGCUGGGGCGUUAGGUGUUUCCGCUGCCUAUGUCCGCUUGGCGCAUAGGUAUACAGGUGGCCGCUUUGGUCCGCACCCGGAUCUCAACCCGAGCCAUCUGCCCGUGCCGCCAUUUCAGAUUCGAAGGACGGAGCGGACCAUGGCUCUCAGCUCUCCCGCUGUCACGCAUGUGCAUGGAGCGAAAUGGAUGGAAGACCUGAAGAGCAUGUGCGAUGCGGCGGAAUCCCGUCUGGCGCUGAACGGUAAUGAAUUGACUCGACCCCGCAGCGCGGGCAAGGAUGGCGCCGACGUGAAUGCCCCCGAUCUUCACACAGGAGAUCUGUACCUAUGUUCGGAGUCCUUGAAUGCGUUUGAGGGCGCUCUUGGGGGCGUCUGCGAAGGCGUAGAUGCCGUCCUUGGUCCUAGUUCAGCCACGCGCGCCUUUGUGUGUAUCCGACCCCCGGGACAUCACUGCCCGUCGGGUCACCCAUCCGGGUUCUGUUGGAUCAAUAAUGUUCACGUCGGCAUCUCCCACGCUGCCAUGACACAUGGCCUGACGCACGCCGCAAUCCUGGACUUUGAUCUGCAUCAUGGCGAUGGCUCGCAGGAGAUCGCGUGGGACCAGAACCAGAAAGCGAUAACCGCUCCCAGGAACGCAGUCAGCUACAAGAAAGCCAUGACGGGUUACUUUAGCCUUCACGACAUCAAUUCCUACCCCUGCGAGGACGGGGAGCUAGAGAAAAUACGCAACGCGAGCGUCUGCAUCGACAAAGCGCAUGGCCAGUCCAUUUGGAACGUUCACCUGGAGCCGUGGAAGACGGAGCGGGAAUUCUGGGAGCUCUAUGCUACCAAAUAUACGGUGUUGAUUGAGAAGGCCCGCGCAUUCUUACGUGCGCAUACGGAGCGCCUUCUUGACACGCCCCAGGGGCCUCGGCCCAAAGCGGCCAUCUUCAUUUCCGCCGGAUUUGACGCGAGCGAAUGGGAGAGCGCGGGCAUGCAGCGACACAAAGUCAGCGUCCCAACCGAUUUCUACGCCAGGUUCACCGCCGACGUUGUUCAAAUGGCGUCCGAGGAGGGCCUAGGAGUCGACGGGCGCGUCAUCAGCGUCCUGGAAGGCGGAUACAGCAAUCGGGCUUUGACAAGCGGCGUCCUGAGUCACCUUUCCGGGUUGAGCGAUUCGAGGAUGACUGCUGACAGCGCGGAUGAUCAGCGGAUGAAUCGGUUGGCCGCAGAGAUGUCGGAUCGUCUGGGAAUAUUCGAUGCCGAGUCAGAACCGAACCCAACCACCCCUUUACCACAGACUGUCUAUGACAACGACUGGUGGUCCCCCGCCAUGCUGGAGGAGCUGGAAGCCCUGGUUUAUCCUCCGUCAGCACCGGCCAAGUCGCGCGAGAAAGCAGCGCCAACCUACUUCGCACCCACGCAAUCAUUCACCGCGAAAGUGGUCGCCACGCCGCGCGAUCGCAGGUCCAACGGCUCGCAGAUAAGUGUGGACCACGAAGCGCCGCCAUUACCCCCGGUCGGCUGGGCCACCGCGACGCAUGAACUGUCGAAGAUUCUCAUCCCCAGCGAUCGACAGAUUGCCAGCUAUCGGCCCGAGGAGCUCAACGCCGAAGCAUCGCGCUUACGGCGGGAGCGACAGACGACCAUCGACGGCGCCGGCAGUGUCACGGCGUCAACCGCCCCCGAGGGAAACCGCAGGAAGCUCCGGGAGAGAAAACCCAAGACUUCACUGCCGAGCACUCCUAGGGCGCAGACCCCGAAACGACAAGCGCCGCGGGACAACCGCAGGACGACGAUCGACCCCGCCAGCGACCUUCCGGAUGCCAUCAAGGACGAGGCCUCACCCGGUAUGCGUCCGGUCCGCAGAAAGAGUGCCACUUCUGCUUCUACGUCCGCGUCGACGCGGCCAUUGCCAGGGGACCACGCCGUGAGAGAGCCUGCUCCAAGAACCUCGUCAAGCGGGUAUGGUCGCCCCGGAACUGCAGCGAGUAGUCGCAAAACGAGCAGCUCGCGACCUACCACCCCGAAACGCCCUGCCAGUCCUCGCAAGGCACCUCCAGUCCCUCAAGUUCCGUCCGGCUUUCUUUCAUCUGUGGGGUCCGGCGAGGGAGCGGCUGGGUUGCCGGCCGAGUCGACCGGGGCAAUUCCGCAGGAUGACAUGGACAGUCUUGCCGCUGGGGUGCGCAAGCUGAACAUCAAAUUAAAAGUGCCAUCUCCAGAAGAGUACGCCGCCAGGGAACAAAAGGCAGCUGAGGAACGCAAAAAGCGAUUGACCAAGCCGGCAAAGACCCUUAAACCGCCUAGAAUGGCUCCCGGCGUCAAAGAAUCGCGUCCAUCCACGAACAAACCCGCCUCUCGUUCUUCCUCGGCUCCCACUAGCUCUCGGGUCGGUCCCCGCGCUCUUGCGUCGCCAAACAAUGCUGGCAGAUCGGAAGAACCGGGGCAUUCAUUCGCCUCGUCAGCCGUGGUCCCGGGAUCGAACACUGCCUCCGGUGGGUUAGAGACAACCAAUGUUGCAAAUCAACAUGGCUGGGCCGAUCUCGAGGCAGUUUCCAACCCAAAGUCGUCCUCGCAGGUGCCCUCGACCGAGACGGCAGUGACCUCUCUCGCGACAUCGCCGGGGGCCAUGCCGCAGGUCGACGGGACCCAUUCAACUCUAUUCUCACCGCCGACCUCAGCCGGUGUAGACAAACACGGACUACCUGUCUUUACGUCCAGCAGUCCGAUUCCCUUUGCAUCAACUAGUCGUACUGCUCCACCCAACGCAAAUGAGACAUCAGAGCGUUAG